UGUAAGAGGUCGAACCAUCCAGGCAAGCAGGAUGGAAGUGAGAGAUGCCAAUGCUGCUAUGCUAAGCAAUUAUGAGGUCUAUCAGCUACUGACAGACUUGAAAGAGAAGAGGAAGGAGAUUGUUAAAAAUAAGCACAGCACUGGGCAGCAGAAUCUCAACAACAUUAUGUAUGAGACCCUGAAGUAUCUUUCCAAGACACCAUGUGUUCAUCAGAACCCAGAGACGGUGAAAGAGUUCCUUUCUGCGAUGCUGCCUCACAAGCUCACCAAAGCCGAGAAGCUGCAGCUUCUAAACCACAGACCUCAGACGGCCGUUGAGAUCCAGCUGAUGGUAGAAGAGAGUGAGGAAAGACUGACAGAGGAACAGAUAGAUGAACUUAUACAAAAAGUCACAGACAUCCUCCCUGGUGACCCCCAGAAAGAAGGCGAUUCAUCUGCUGACCCAGAGAUGGAGACAGAGGAAAACCAAUAGCAUCUUUUCUGGAAACUCAUCUUUUGGGGUGUUUUCAUUCUCGACCACAGAAGAAAUGGACUUCAAAUUUGUGGACGGUGCUAAUACUAAAAAAAAAAAAAAAAAACUACUGUUGAUUUUCAUUAUAUUAAUGAGAAUGCAUGUCAGCCACAGGUACAUUUAUGAACAAACAAGUUAGAUCUAAAAAGGUUUAGUGUCACUGUCACAUCUAAACACCUGUAUUUAUUUUCGUGAAUGUAUACAUUUAAAAACGCAAAAAAAAAAAAAGAACAAAUGUGAUUAAUGAUUAUUGAAACUGACCAGUUUGAAUAUUUUUCUCUUUUCAAACGUGUGUGUGUGUGUGUGUGUGGGUGUGUGUGGGUGGGUGUGGGUGUGGGUGUGGGUGUGGGUGUGGUGUGGUGUCAGAAAAGAUAUGCUCACAUCCUCUGACAUCCUGUUUAGCUUGUGUUUUUAAUUUGGCAUAUAAUUAUGUUAACUUAUCAGUGGUCAUUGUAAGUUUUGAUUUGAUAUUUGAGAGUGAUUCAGUGAAACAAAAAACAUGUUUGUUUUUGAAUAUAGUGUGUUAUGCCUGUUUGCAAUUUUCAAAGCUGACUUUACUGUGAAUGAGAUAUGUGUAACAGCAGGAUUGUACUGGGCUUUUGUUACAAGUUUACCAUGGCUUGCAUCCACAGAUACUUUAUAUGGUAUUUUAUCAUUUGAAUCAUCUUUUCAAGACACCUCAUGUACUUAACAUUUCAGUGCAUCAGGCAUCAACAAAAUUGACCAUUACUAUGAAAAUAAACGAUCACUCAGUAA